AUGAGUAUCGACAUUGAAAAGCAACAGCCACCGGGCGGCGGGAGCCCCAGCGGCCCCGAACCCCAGCACCAACACCCCGAUGAGCAGGGCAGCGACGGCGUUCUGUCAAACACCGUGUCGCAGCACUCGACAGAGUCCCUGGACAGAAUCCGAUCACAAAACGGCUACGGUGUGGACGAGGAGCAGCCUCGGCGUGUACAAGAAAAGGACCCCUUUGAAGUAGGCUGGGAUGACGGCGCCAACGAUCCUCUAUGCCCGUGGAGCUUUCAAAAAGCCAAGAAAUGGGUCAUUGUCUCGAUUCUCUGCGCAGGUAGCUUCACUGUCACAAACAUCAGUUCCGGCUACACGUCGACCUAUGCGCAGAUGGAAGCCGAGUUUGGCAACUCGCGCAUCGUAUCCGUCGUCGGGCUGUCCCUUUUCGUGCUGGGCAUCGCCUUUGGGCCCAUGCUCUUUGGCCCACUGAGCGAGUUUUACGGGCGCCGGCCCAUCUACCUCGUCGCCUGGACCGUGUUUGUGCUCUUCCUCUUUGCGGGCGCCUUUGGCACCAACAUCCAGACCAUUCUCGUCUCGCGCUUCUUUGGCGGCUUCUCGGGCAGCGCCUUCCUCGCCGUCUCGGGCGGCACCGUCGGCGACCUCUUUCAGCGGCACGAGCUGCAGGCGCCCAUGGUGCUGUUCUCGCUGGCGCCGUUUCUCGGCCCGACGGCCGGCCCCCUGAUUGGCGGCUUCAUCAACUACAACGCCAACUGGCGGUGGACGUACUAUGUGUUUCUCAUCUGGACCGGCGUGAUGCUCGUCGCGGUCGUCGCGCUGGUGCCCGAGACGUACCAUCCCAUCCUGCUCCGGAACAAGGCGCGGCAGCUGCGCGCGCGCACGGGCGAGGACCGCUGGCGCGCGCCGACGGAGAAGACGCAGAAGUCGGUUGCCCGCGCCAUUGGCCUCUCGCUCCGGCGGCCGAUGCAGCUGCUGAUGUUUGAGCCCAUGUGCCUGAACCUGUGUCUGCUGUCGGCGAUUCUGCUGGGCAUCCUGUACCUCUUCUUUGGCGCCUUUGCGCUCGUCUUCAGCACAAACUAUGGCUUCAACCUAUGGCAGGUGGGCAUGGCCUUUAUCCCCAUCUGCGUCGGCAUGUUGAUUGCUACGGCGACCGAUCCCCUGUGGCACCGCUUCCGCAUGGGCCUCGUGGCCAAGCUGGAGCAGGAGACGGGCGUCAAGGGCAAAACGGAACCCGAGUUCCGUCUGCCGCCGGCGGUGCUUGGCGCGGUGCUUGCCCCAGUGGGUGUCUUUAUUUUUGCGUGGACGUCUUAUCCUCAGAUCCAUUGGAUUGUGCCAAUGAUUGGUGAAGCAAUCUUUGGGGCCGGCAUCGUUCUCGUAUACACCGGCAUCUUUACCUUCCUGGUUGAUGCGUAUCCCACAUACGCCGCCAGUGCGCUUGCUGCCAAUGCUUUUGUCCGCUGCCUAUUUGCUACUGCUUUCCCGCUUUUCGGAAACCAAAUGUACCACAAGCUCGGUUUCCAAUGGGCCUCUACGCUCCUGGCAUUUCUAUUGCUUGCGAUGAUGCCGUUUCCCUUUAUUUUCUAUCGACAUGGCAAGCAGAUUCGGAAAAAGAGUCGUUUUGCUACGAAUUCGUAA